CAAGAGCUUUUUUCAAUGUCAGCUGCUCCUGUUGUCUGCCUGCCUGGCUCGCCGGCAACGAGAGGCACCGCGCGGCUUUUAAGAAGAGGGAGAGCCAGAGAGCCAGGCAGUGUGUCACAAAGUAUCAGUGAAGGAACACGUCACUCGCUACAUCUCAUCAUGGUCGGCUGGGGAUACGCAAAGGCAAAUGGCCCAAGCACGUGGCCAGCAAUGUUCCCAGUGGCGGGGGGCAGCAAGCAGUCCCCUAUUGACAUCAAGAGGAGGGGCUGUCCGGAAGACUCCCGCCUGAGCAAGAUGAGAGCUGCCUACGCCGAUAUUAGGAUCUCCGAACUCUCCAACAGUGGUCACUCGUGGAAGGCGCAGAUCGGCAGUGGCAGGUCUAGUAAGCCUGCGCGGGGACCUCUUGGGGAUGACGAGUACGUGCUAGAGCAGUUUCAUCCUCACUGGGGGAAGACUAACGAGAGGGGAUCUGAGCACACGAUAGAUGGCACCUGCUACCCUGCUGAGCUUCACCUGGUGCACUGGAACAAGAGCAAGUUUUCAAGCUUCGCCCAGGCCGCUGCUUCUGAAGGAGGGUUGGCCGUGCUGGGAAUGUUCCUGGCUGUGGGACAGGAGCACCCCGAGAUGUCAAAGAUCUGCAACCUGCUUCCCUUCAUCAACUACAAGGGCCAGGCCAUCACCGUGACAGAUGCAGUGCGCCCUGAGACCUUCCUACCCAAGAACGGGUCUUACUACACGUACAGCGGCUCCCUCACCACCCCGCCCUGCUACGAGUCUGUCACGUGGAUUGUGUUUGAGCAGCCCAUCCAGGUGUCUGAGGCCCAGCUCGACGCAUUCAGGAGACUCAAAUCGUACCACCCCUGCGAGGACUGCCCCCAGGAUGAGCUGCAGGGUGCCCUCGUGGAGAACUACCGCCCCCCGUGUCCUUUGUGUGACAGGGUCGUGAGGAAGUACAGCGACAAAGAAGAGGAAGAGUAGAAGAGGAGUAGUAGGAGGAAGAGGAGACAGCAUGGAGGAGGAGGAGGAGUAUAAAGAGGAGACACCAAGGAGGAGGAGGAGUAGGAGUAGGAGGAAGAGAAGGAGGAGGAGGAGGAGGAAAGACUAAGGAGGAGGAGGAGGUGGUGGUAGUGGAGAAUUUGUUGUUAUGGUGACGUGACAGAAAGAAAGGAAAAAUUAAGCAUACAAUAAAAAGGAACAGGAAAAAAAGGAAAUAAAAAGAACAGAAUAAGAAGAAAAACUAGAGAAAAAAUGAGGAAGAAAACGGAAAACAAAUAAAGGA